AUGAAUAAUCAUUUAAAAACUGUCUUACAGAAGAUAAAGAAGUAGAGGAUGGAUCUUAGUAAUCAGAUAUAGAUUGGUAAACCUAUAUAAAUUUAUUUGAAAAUAUUUAGAAUUCUUUUGUAUAUAAGAAAGAUUUUGAUGUUUAAUAAAAUUCAAAUAUUUAUAUGAAUAGCUAUUAAAGGAAAUUUUAAAGAUUCUUUUCCAAUUAGAGGACAAUUGUAAAAUUCUUAAGUGAAAAAUGAAUCAAAUCUGUCAUCAUUAUAUAGUCAAUCAUUUGAAUAGGAAUCAUUAACAGCAUCUAAAAAAGUCGUAUAAGAACCUAAAUAACCACUUCCUCUUGCAGUUAAGCCUAUUUUAAAUAAAGAAAAAGUAAUGAUUUUAGUAUGGGUUAAUCUGCCAUCAAUAUAUAAUGAAUAAUCUAAGGAAUUUUGGUCUAAGUGAAAAUUCAGAAUAUCCAUAAUAAUCAGAAAAUAAAGAGGAAGGGAAGGAAGUUAUGUUGAUAAAAGUCCAUUUAGAUAUGUUAGUUAAAAAUUAAAAUUUUGGAACAUGAUUUUUGAUUUCUCUUCUUAUUAUUAAAUGAAACUUAAGAAAAUAGAAAUAAAAAGGUGCAUUAAAAUUCUUUAAAAUAAAUUCUUGAUAAAUGGUAAAGUAUAAGAACGAAAAGAAAAGUAAAUUAUUACGAAGUUCCAAUAAAUUAUCAAAAAAAACUAAGAAAAACUCUAGGAUAUUCUUUUUCAACUAAGUUUAAAUUAAUAGUUUAAAAAUAAAUGUAUGAUUAGAAUGUGUUCUAAAUUGUGCAAUCUUUAGAAGAACAAUUAUUUGAUUAACUUCAAAAACAAUAAAAUGAAAUAUAUUUUUAAGUUCCUAAUUAGAGUUCUAAAUUAGAUAUCAUAAAUGCAAUAGAUCAUGCUAAGUUUGUUGUCCCUAAGAUAAAAGAAAAUAGAAAACUAGUAGAUGCUUUUAGUUCUUCCUAUAGUUAAAGAAGACGACCUGUAAAUGAGUGUUCAAUAAAUUAAGAAUAGACUAAUGUUUGUAUCAAUGAGGAAAUGGAUAAAAUGA